CUGCGAGAUAGGCGAGGUGCAAGGGUGUCAUUAUACAUAUUUUCUGCCGCCCCCCGAACUUGGUAACAUUGUUGCACCACUCUUCCCAUUGUACGGACGGUCUAGCAUUUUCCAUUUCUUAGGUCAACCGUUCAAGAUGAGAACGAACUCCAUCAUUGCAGGCUCCCUGCUGGUGGCCGGCCAAGCCUUGGCUUCCGUUGCACCUCGUCAGCCCUAUGCAUACCCCGCCAAGCCUGAAUUUAAGCGCGGCGACCAGGGUUGCACAACAGCUGAGCGUAUUGCACCAAAGAUCCUGAUCAUUAGCAUGUUCUACCCUGAAGCUGAUGUUUGGUAUGAGAACAUGCCCAAGAGUGGCUACGGUGACCUGUUGGCUCAGAACAUCACUGUACCUGGUCUCUCUCCCAUCUACCCAGAAGUACACUGCAUCCCAUCCGGAGAGAUAUGCCAAGUUACCGCUGGCGAGAGUGAGAUCAAUGCUGCCGCAUCGAUUUCCUCGCUUAUGCUUUCUACCAAAUUCGACUUCAGCUCGACUUACAUUCUUAUGAAUGGCAUUGCCGGUGUCUCUCCUAAGCUGGCCACAUUGGGCAGUUAUGCUUUGUCCAAAUUCGCCGUCCAAGUCGCUCUUCAAUACGAGUUCGAUCCCCGCGACCUGCCUUCUAACUUCUCUACUGGCUACAUUGGCUACGAUAACCUUGCGCCUGGACAGUACCCUGCUGAAGCAUACGGCACCGAGGUCAUGGAGGUCAACGAGGCUCUAAGGGACAUUGCUUUCGACUUCGCAUCAAAUGCCGUCCUAAGUGAUAGUGAUGGUGCCAAGGCAUACCGUGCCAAGUACGCCCCAGCCGGUGAUGUCUUCGCCGCUGCGGUUGCCGGUCCUAGUGUAGUUAAGUGCGACGGCGCUACUAGUGAUGUUUACUACUCCGGAAAUAUCCUCGCUGAAGCUUUCUCGAACACCACAAAGGUUUGGACGAACCAGACCGAGUACACGUACUGCAUGACCGCACAGGAGGAUAGUGCAGUCCUACAGUCAAUCAUGCGAGCCCAUCUCGCUGGUUUGGUCGACUACACCAGAACGAUUGUGGUUAGAACUGCCUCCGAUUUUGAUCGCCCGCCGCCAGGCACCAGCGCCUACGACCAUCUCUUGAUUGACGAUCAGGGUGGUUUCACGCCUGCCGUGGACAACAUCUACCUCGGUGGAAUCGAGAUUGUCAAAGGCAUUCUCCUCAGUUGGAAUUGCACUUUCGCUGCAGGAAUCAAGCCCACUAACUAUGUUGGCGACAUCUUCGGCUCGUUGGGAGGCGAGCCUGACUUUGGCAUGGGUAGCGUUUUCAGUAAUGGAAAUGGUGCCCAGGCAGAUGGUUCUAGCUAUACUGGAGCCGUCAAGAGGAGCAAUUACGGAAAGAGAGGUUUCUAUAAAAGCCCCAAGGCUGCCCGCCUGAUGAAGUGACCUUGUGCCCUUCAAGAUAAUGGACUUCUUGCUAUAGGCAGACUACAGUAAAUAAUAAUUAAUACACCUGUCAUGUAUAGUGUUUAGUGGCUUAAAUAUCACACAAAUGUCAACCCG